AGGCUCCACUUUCUAUUUUUCAGAAAAUUACAUACAUGUCAAUAACGUUUACUCCACCGAUUUUCCGGGAAAACAAACACCUACUCUCUCCCUCGCCUCUUCACUCUCACACCCUUCAAAAUUUUGACAAUUCUAAACCCUAAGAGAGAGAAAUAGGAAGAAGACAAAUGAAAUCCCUCUUCAAGUCCAAGCCAAAAUCUCCAGCUGAACUCGUGAGGCAAACUCGGAACCUUCUCCUUUCCCUCAAUGGCAGUGGUGAUCUUCGCGGCUCCAAGCGAGAAGAGAAGAUGGAUGAAUUGAAUAAACACAUACGGGAGUUAAAGCUGAUUCUUUAUGGUAGUAGUGAAUCUGAGCCCGUCGCAGAGGCUUGUGCACAAUUGACUCAGGAAUUUUUCAGAGAGAACACGAUGCAUCUUUUAAUUAUCUUUCUUCCAAAAUUAAGUUUGGAGGCACGUAGGGACGCCACUCAAGUGGUAGCAAAUUUGCAGAGACAGCAAGUUCAAAGUCGGAUGAUUGCUUCCAGUUACUUGGAAGCUAACUUAGAUCUUAUUGAUAUUUUGAUAUUGGGGUAUGAAGAUCCAGACCUUGCUUUGCAUUAUGGUGGUAUGUUGAGGGAGUGCAUACGUCAUCAGAGCAUUGCAAAGUAUGCCUUGGAAUCAGAAAACAUGAAGAAGUUUUUUAACUAUAUACAGCUUCCAAAUUUUGAUGUUGCAGCAGAUGCUAUGGCGACUUUCAAGGAGCUUCUGACCAGGCACAAAUCCACGGUUGCUGGAUUUCUUUCAAAAAAUUAUGAUUGGUUCUUUCAGGAUUUUAACUCAAAGCUGCUGGAAUCUCAAAGUUAUAUCACCAAACGACAAGCUUGUAAGCUUUUGGGUGAAAUUUUGCUUGAUCGUUCAAAUACUGCAGUCAUGGUUCGAUAUGUAAGCUCCAAAGAUAACUUGAGGAUUCUAAUGAAUCUUCUAAGGGAAUCAAGCAAGAACAUCCAGAUUGAUGCAUUUCAUGUGUUCAAGCUUUUUGCUGCGAAUCAAAAUAAACCUCCUGAAAUUGUUGGCAUCCUCAUUGCCAAUAGAAGCAAGCUUCUGCGUUUCUUGGCCGACUUCAAGAUGGAUAGAGAAGAUGAGCAAUUUGAGGAAGAUAAAACUCUGGUGAUAAAAGAAAUUGCUUCAUUAAAACAAGCAGGUGACCAUUGAAUGGCCUUGGGGAAUUGUGUAGCCUAUGUCAGUUAAAUUAGAUGGUGGGUGGAGUCAUUGGCUAGAGAUAACGGUUUAGACCUAAUGCUCCUUGUACAAAACUCUUAUCAGAAACAGAAGUUAAAGAAUGGGAAGAACUAAUUAUGACUUUAUGAGAUUUUGUCUUUUUUUUGUUUCAGUUUUAUUUUUUCAUUGUUUAAA